UGUGCAUCCUCACAUGAAUGUGAUGUACUCUGUCCUCUCUCUCCUGCAAGCUCUCUCUCAGGAAGAAAGAUGAGGGAGAAUGGUUCCAGUGGGAGAAACAUAGCGUAGAGAUGGUAUAGCUCCAGAUGAGUUGAAGAGAACACUGUAGUUCGAGCAGUCACUGAUGAGAAAGAUGCAGAACAAAGCUAUUGCUAAAUUGGACUGCUUUCUGUUAUGCACAUACUCUUUUACCAGAUGAUGUCCUGGAAAAUUUCUUGAAUCGAUAUUUUGCAUAAUAUUCUCACUUAAUUUUCCUUUUCUUGCUCACUGUGUCUCUUUUCUGUUGUGUGUGUGGAAGAAUAAAAGAUGCGUUUUGCCUCAGACUCUACAAUAAUAGAAUUAUGCAAGUGAAGUAAAGGUUAUUGGGAACGGUUUUGCAAUAAUCCUGAGCUUGCAUACUCCACUGGCUCUGGAUCUUUGAGAGGUGACUCUCUUGAUCACUGAGGUACCAGUGAUCAUGGACAUCCAGCAAUAGUACUGUCAUAUUGUCUCAAUUAUUAUUGUAUUAGCUUAGAUUUAUUGAUGUGGCUGUUCUUUGAAGAUUAAUUUCUGUAUAGUUUAUAAAGUUUUAGAGGCGGGAGGCAGUCAUGCUGAGAGGCAGCAAUUGCCCUGGAUUUUGCCAAGAUGAACUAAGAGCCCUGGAAAAUAAUUUCUUGGUUACAUCUUUGAUAACUGCUCUCCCACUCUAGAUAGGAUGAAGUUUUUAGACCUGGAGGCUGGCUGUGAGAGUUCUCUGAUUUGCUCUUAGGCUCUGAGUUUUAGAUAGCAUUUGGUAAUUCUUGUUGUUUGUACGGAAUUUAGGUUGCCCAAAGCAAGAAAUCUGGUAUUUCCAAGACUGUGCUGUGCAUCAUCUCUGCUAUAGCAUUAACCACAUUUUUGGCAGAAAAUUUAUCACAUCGUUAGGAGUACUUGGCUUCUUCUGAUCUUUAUCUUGGCUGUGGUCUGAAUUUUCUUCAUUAGAGGAAAAAAAUCAUCUACAUUUAAGGUAGAAUGAGAGAGAAGAGGACUGGUGUUCAGCCUUCUCUACCCUUCCAAGACAUUCAUCUAUACUUAAAUUGACGCAUUCUGAGUUUGUAUUGGUUUAUCAGUGAGAGUUAGCUGUGCCGAGGCUAAAUAGGCUGUGGCUUUGAACCAGAUAAGACGUGUAGCAGAAACACUGCAUUUACCCCAAAUGAUUUUGGAGGAGGCAAUUUUUUUCCCAGGGUGCUGGCUUUGCAGUUAGUACUAAGUAUCUCAGGCUCUGUUUUUUGUUUGUUUUCUCCUGCUUAGCCAUUUUACUGUUUAAAAAAUUCUUAUUCGAAUUGGUAUUAUUACAGGAUAACCAUACUUUAAACCUGAGGUAGCCUACUCUUUUUUGCCUUAGGAACAAACUGACUUGCAAGACUUUAAUUCAUCAUCAUCAGUUAUUCUUGUAUACCCAAGUGACUCAUUAUACCAUGCAGUCAGUGUGAGAGCUCCUAAUACUUGGCAGGAAAGUACCUUAUCACCACGGCAUUACAGAGUCUCAUUGUAAAUACAAGUCAAUUGCUAUCUUGUAACCUUCAAUAGACACCUGGAAUUCAAAUGGGUGUUCUCAUGCAUUGCUAAAGUUAAGAGGGAUGGAAAUGCAUUGUGUAGUUGUAGGAGGGAUGAGGGUGUUUAUUUUCUACUGCACAAAACUGUGGUACUGUCAUUUGUACUUUUGUUCUUGCACCUCUAUAAUAUAAAAAAAUGCAUUAUUCCUUUCAUAUCCUUGGAAAAAAAAUCCUUUUUCUUGGAUUUCUUCCCUCUUGGAAGUAGGAAGAACAGUGCUGACUUAGUACGAUUCAGUUAAUUUACAAAUAUUUGUUCAGCAGCAUUUGCCAAGUAUCAUUAGCUCAGGUAGAAAAGUGGUCAAAUUCCAACUUCAGAAAAAGUGGGGUGAAAGAGGAAUGUACAGGACAAUGACUGGGUAAGGGAUAGAACCUUUCCGUCCUGUCUGUAUCUCAGCACCUUUGGACUUAAAAGGUUUUCUUUGCCAAAUUUUGGCAAAUAGGUACCAUAAAAUGUGAAGUCUGCUUCACAUAGGGAAAUAGGUCACAGGGAAAUAGGUCACAGGGAAAAUGUUUUAUCUUUUUUCUUAACAGGCUGGAAUUUCUCAUUAUGCACAUUUCGCAAGACCCCAUGGGUUUGCUGUGCUACAGCUCCAUCAAGUGGUAAAAUUAUUUCCCAUUUGGAAUUGCAACUUGCUUUCUGAGAAACGCUUUCCCUUCAGAAAGUUUCGAAGCCUCUCCCAACUUCCUCUUUGUUCAGUCUUUUUUCUCGUUUCUUUUUUUUUCCUGAAAUGUUGAACGUUUCCAGCAGCUGCAUAGGGCUAUGGGCUUAUCAGAGAAGUAGAGCUGUGUGUCUUUGUUCUGCAGCUGACCUCUUGAACCAGCUUGGGCAGGUUAUUUCACCCUGUAAGCCUCACUUUUCUCAUCUCAGAACUAAAGAGGAUGUUAAAGAUUUGUAAACUACCUGGAGUUGUUUUGAACUCUUUUUUAUGUAAUUAUUUCGAAGUCACUCUUAUUUCAAUCAAUGAUUUUGCUUAUCAGACACAGCAGAAAACUCAAAAUAUCUCUUAUCAGUGGGCAGUCAGAGAUCUGGCAGCUGUCUCAAGUAUCACAGAGUAUCGCUGUUCUUUCUCCUUCCCUCAGAGGCUUUUUAUUAGUCACCCCAGCUGCCAAUGCCUAUUCAUAGCUGUGAAGUCAUGGGAGUCUUUUUCAGCCAUAUAAUUCUCUUGUGUGACAUUUGCCACAGAAACAAGUAUGUCUUCACCCUGCCACCCAGGUGGAUAACCAUAAGCAAGGAUUGCUACCACAAAGCAGAUUAUAUAAAUGGACUUUAUGCACUAUUUCUUAUGUAUGGAUCCUAACCUGACAGUGUUAGAGAGGAAACUUUCUAUGAAGCAUAGUCCUCAAUGAAAGAUCAAAAUAACUUUGUCCCAGGGUUUAAAAAUAUCUGACCAUAAAAAUAUUGUACACAGAGCCCAUUGUAUUGAAAAACUACUGUCUGAGAACAAUUUCCAAGAUGUCAAGGAUCAUCUUAAAGAGCUUGAAGGUAUUGAUAUGACUAUAGAUUAUCUCCAGGGGACAGAAGUUGCCAAGGCUGUGUACAGGGUACUCAAGAGCUGCCCUUCUGCAGAGUUGAAAAAGAAAGCAAAGCAGUUGUUAUCAAGGUGGAAAGCACUUUACAAGGAUAACUGUGUUCAGUCAACUCAAGUUCAAAAGUCAGUUUCUUUGUCUGUGAAAGAGGAAACUGAACAUCUCAGUGUGAUUCCUAGAGAGCAGUUGCUGUCUGAAGGACCAUGUCAGCAGGAGGCAAUUCACGCUACUAGUUCUAAAAUUUUGGUGCCAUCACAAACUGUUAAAAAUGUGGUACAUAACGACGCAGAAGGCAGCAUGAAUCAGCUUUCUUAUUCUGGGGAACUACACAUUGACAAUGAAGAUUUUAAGCCUCUUGUUAAUGAAGCAAGUCUGCAACGGGAUCCGAUGAGAGCUCUGAGGUAUAAAUGUACGGAUCUUCUUUAUAAAGCUUUGAUGGGUUCUGCCAAAAACAAAGAAGGAACUGAUAAAUGGCUAGAGCUAUCCAAACAAAUUGAAGAACACAUUUUUGCUCUUCAUGCUAAAAAUGACAAAAAGUACAAAAAUUGCAUCAGAAGCAAAAUCGCUAACCUGAAGAACCCUAAAAGUUGCCACUUAAAACAUAACCUUUUCUCAGGGACUUUGAGUCCAAAGGCAUUUGCUGAGAUGACAGUGAUGGAAAUGGCCAGCGAUGAAUUGAAACAGCUCAGGGCUCUGUAUACAGAAUCAUCUGUUCAAGAACAUCAGCUUCCACAAGUUUUUAAUGGCACAAAGACAAACAAAAUAAAGUGUAGGCGCUGUGAAAAAUUUGAUUGUACUGUCACGAUGAUUGCUAGAGGAACUCUCUUUCUUCCAGGUUGGGUGCGAAGCACAAAUCCAGAUGAACAAAUGUUGACUUAUGUUAUUUGUAAUGAAUGUGGUGAGCAGUGGUACCACAGCAGAUGGAUUUGUUUGUAACACUAUCGCUCUUUAAAAAGUGGUUUAUAAACAGUAUCUCUGUUGAAAAUUUGUAAUUUGAAAUUUUGCAUUGAUGUUAUGUAGAUGCUUCCAAUAAAAAGUUCAGAAUCAGUUUUUAAAAAUUGCCAAGUUGUUUUUGAAGAUUACUUGAAUAAAUCUG